CCUUCUAGCCAACCUGCAACUCUUACUGCUGCUGCAUGUCUGGCAGCAUCUCUGAAUGAUCACAUGACUCUUGAUAUGGAUGCAGUCCUGUCAGACUUUGUUCGGUCUACAGGGGCAGAACCAGGUCUGGCAAGAGACUUACUGGAAGGCAAAAAUUGGGACUUGUCAGCAGCAUUGAGUGACUAUGAGCAGCUCCGGCAGGUACACACCGCCAACCUGCCACAGGUGUUCAAUGAGGGCAAGUACUACAAGCAGCAGGAGCCAGAGCAGCCUCCCCAGGUGACGAAGGCUGAGCGACCCUGCCUGCAAAGGCAGGAUGACAUUGCUCAAGAAAAGCGUCUUUCCCGUGGUAUUUCUCAUGCCAGCUCAGCCAUCGUCUCCCUUGCUCGAUCACAUGUAGCAAAUGAGUGCAGCAAUGAACAGUUUCCUUUGGAGAUGCCCAUCUACACAUUCCAACUACCAGACCUUAGCGUGUACAGUGAAGAUUUCAGAAGCUUCAUUGAACGUGACUUAAUUGAGCAGGCAACAAUGGUUGCUUUGGAGCAAGCAGGGCGACUAAAUUGGUGGUCCACAGUGUGUACAAGCUGCAAACGUCUUCUUCCCUUGGCUACAACAGGUGAUGGAAACUGCCUCUUGCAUGCAGCCUCUUUAGGGAUGUGGGGAUUUCAUGACCGGGACCUUGUUUUACGUAAAGCACUCUAUACUAUGAUGAGAAGUGGAGCUGAAAGGGAAGCACUGAAAAGAAGAUGGAGAUGGCAACAGACCCAGCAGAAUAAGGAGUCAGGUUUAGUGUAUACUGAAGAGGAAUGGGAACGGGAGUGGAAUGAACUGCUUAAGCUGGCGUCCAGUGAGCCUCGGACACACUUCAGCAAAAAUGGAGGCACUGGUGGUGGGUAA